UUUUUCACACACUUUUUAAAAAUCCCCUGGUAUAUGAAGCAGCACGUUCCUCCUGCCUUUGGAUUGUAUCCUGGAUCUUAGGCCACUGUUUUAUAUUACUAAUCACCGCUCUAACUAAUGAAACCAUCAUAGCUGCUUCAGAAAAAGUAAACUGUAGUGGCUUAGGUUUCAUUGUGACAUCUAAGCCCAGGAAACGAGGCCAAACUCUGCAAAGACAAAAGCCUGGAAGUAAUGAUGGUGAUGGCUGGCCUCUGCGUAUCUGCCCUGCAUCCCGAAACUGCUUUCGCGAUGAAAGAAGAGCAACUGGUGACGAACGGACAGAAUAUACGAGAACCAUUGUAGAGGUUUCGUCCCAACCCAUACGCAGCUUCCGGCAGGGGUAGGAGCCGGCAGGGGUGGGAGCCGGCCGGGUUCUACCGCGCUGCCCUCUCCCACACACAGAACCUAUAACCACGUUGACUCCGGAAGGAAGUUUCCGGACUGAGGGAUUUGGGGGCGGUGGAUGUCACUGGAGGGAAAUAAAUUCACCUAGAGAGCAGAAAUAGAACCUUAGGGUUCUCGCUCCCGGGACAGCCACUGGACAGCCAGAAGCACUUUUUUAUCUCUCCGAGCCCCAAUUCAUGCACUUACGGGGUUUGUCCCAGCAGCAAACAGACCUUUUAUCUACGCCACAGUUUCCGGCUCCGGUCCCUAACUUCCGGUUCCUUCCCCGCCUCUUCCGUUCCUGGCUCCGCCCCCUGUGCCGGAGGUCCUCGCGUCCUGGAAGUUGGCGGCUGCUAGCGGUCCAGAUCCCGGGUCCUAUGGCCGCCCUGGCGUCUAUGAAGGUGGCGUUGCAGGUGGCCGAGGUGCUGGAAGCCAUCGUGAGCUGCUGCGUGGGGCCCGAGGGGCGGCAAGUUUUGUGUACGAAGCCCACCGGCGAGGUGCUGCUCAGCCGGGAUGGAGGCCGCCUCCUGGAGGCGCUACACCUUGAGCAUCCCAUCGCCAGGAUGGUAGUGGCUUGUAUUUCCAGUCAUCUCAAAAAAACAGGAGAUGGUGCUAAAACAUUUAUUAUUUUUCUUUGUCAUUUGCUCAGAGGACUUCAUGCAAUCACAGAUAAAGAAAAGGAUUGUUUGAUUUCUGAAAAUGUUCAAACCCAUGGGAAGCAUUGGAAAAAUUGUUGCCAGUGGAAAUUUAUUUCCCAAGCUCUUUUAACAUUUCAAAUGCAAACUUUAGACCGUGUAAUGGACCAGUACUUAAGGAGACACUUUUUGUCCAUCUUCUCUUCUGCUAAAGAGAGAACCGUAUGCAGGAACUCUUUAGAGUUGCUCUUAGAAGCAUAUUUUUGUGGAAGAGUGGGAAGAAAUCAUCACAAAUUUAUUUCACAAUUGAUGUGUGACUACUUUUUCAAGUGUAUGAGUUGUAAGAGUGGGAUUGCAGUAUUUGAGUUAGUGGGUGACUGUCUUAGAGAGUUGACAGUUGGUGUCACAGGCCUUCCUGUUUCAGAUUCUAGGAUCAUAGAUGGGUUUGUGCUUCACAGAGAUUUUUCUGUGUACUGCCCAGCAGAUGGUGACAUAAGAACAGUAAUAGUGACAGAAGCCAUUCAGCCUCUUUUUUCUACUUCUGGAUCAGAGUUUAUUCUAAAUUCAGAAGCACAAUUUCAGACAUCUCAAUUCUGGAUUAUGGAAAGGACAAAAGCAAUCAUGAAACAUUUGCACAGUCAGAAUGUAAAAUUGCUCCUUUCUAGUGUGAAACAACCAGAUUUAGUUAUUUAUUAUGCAGAACUGAAUAGCAUAUCAGUGGUGGAAUGUUUAUCACCAGAAGAAGUUUCGCUUAUCCAGAGGAUCACUGGGCUUUCUCCAUUUGUACUACCAGAGGCCUCUUUACAGUGUGAAAUUGCUAAUGCUGCUUUGGUGAAAUUUUGUAAACCCCUUAUUCUUAGAUCCAAAAGGUAUGUUCAUAUUGGCUUGAUUAGCUCUUGUACAUUUAUACCACACUGUAUAAUUCUUUGUGGACCAGUUCAGGGCCUUAUUGAACAAUGUGAGAAUGCCUUACUCGGAGCAUUUAAAAUGUUUCAGGAGUUAUUUAAAGGGAUUGAUCUAAAUUACAUGACACAAGAAAAUAACCAAAAUGACACAUUAAGUUCUCUUAUUUGUAAGAAUAGUAGAGAAAAUAAUCAGUUACCAGAAACUGGUAAUGGCUCAGUACAAAGGCCACAUGAGGACAUAGUCGAAAAGAACAAAGAUAAAUUGGAAAAAAUGCAGACAUAUUUAAACAUAUGCCCAAAAUUGGUAGUUUCAAAUGUAAAAUUAGGAACAUAUACUCCAUGUUUAGCACCAAAACUGAUAACAACAGAUACAUUCCAAACAGAUGAAACACUUAAAGGUUUGUCACCAGAAAUAAAUAAGGCUACUGAUGACUGUGAACUGUUAACUGAGAGUAAUUCCACUGCUAAUUCUACAACAGAAAACACUAGAAAAGAAAUGUCUUUUGAAAAUUUACAGGUCACAAAAAUUGCUGGAAAGGGGAGCAUGUUACCAGUGAGUCUUCAGUCUCUAGACAGAUAUACUUCCCAAAAUACAUUCCCUCAGACUAUGUACUGUUUCUCGUCUAUACCAGCAGGGUGUGUUUUGCCAGUUGGUGGUCAUUUUGAGAUCCUGUUACAUUAUUACCUUCUCAAAUACAGCCAAACAUGCCAGCAGUCAGAAGAAACCAUGGUUAGUAUGAUAAUAGCUAAUGCACUUUUAGGCAUUCCCAAAAUCCUUUAUAAAUCUAAGAAAGGAAGUCAUAGCUUUCCACAAAUAUAUAUGAAAGCUAUUCAUGCACUUCAAACCAAUCAACCCUUGGUAAGCAAUCAGAUGGGGUUGGAAUCAGUUGCUGGUAAACACCAGUUACUAACUUCGGUUCUUCAGUGUUUGACAAAAAUAUUAACCAUUGAUUUGGUGAUCACUAUUAAGAGACAGCCUCAGAAAACUGAUGAUCAAGAUUCAGAAGAUGAAUUAUAACAGAACCAGAGUUUAAAUCCAACUCAAG